CGGUAGUCGUCAGUAGUGAUAAGAGCUGCUUCGUCAUGCAUCGAUAAAAUCGACAGGUUCCGCGCAAUAAUAGUAUUUUUGCAACUUUGUUUCAUUCAACAUGUCCUAAGAUCAGCGAUGCCAAAAGAAAAGGCUUCCAAGAGUGUCCACUGCGACAUACGCUUUGACAAUAACCCAAAUGGAAUUUUCAAAGCAGGAGAUAAAGUAUCUGGGUCAGUGACUCUGACCCUGACUCAGUUAAAGAAAGUUAGAGGGGUAUGUUUCCUGGUUACUGGCUUUGCAGAUACUUUUUGGAUUGACAAAGUACCUCACGGCCCGAAGAACAAAAAGACGAAAGCCCAUUUUAAAGGACACGAAGAUUUCAUAUUGCAGAAAUCCUACUUUGUAGGAUCAGAUACAGGAAAUCCAAUUGACCUAUCAACGGGAGCUCAGUACCAUUACUUCCAUUUCGACAUACCGGCUAAGGCACCAACGUCGAUGGAAGGUAAACAUGGCCACGUGAGAUAUGCCGUUAAGGUAACCCUGGAACGCCCUUGGAAGUACGAUCAAAAUUUCCAGUUGCCUUUCACUGUGUUAGCUAAGGUCGAAUUAGAUGACACCAAUUUGGCUCUUAAAAAUCCUUUCAAAGUUCAAGAUCAAUUGAGAUUCUACUGUUGGUGUUGCCGAUCGAAUCCGUUGAUGGUAACAGCUACGGUAUCUAGAACCGGUUUUAUUCCAGGCGAUACGAUCCCGUUAGUUAUAGCUGUAAACAACCUCAGCAAAGAGGAAGUCUCGGAAAUUGUGGUCAAAUUUCAAAAAGUCGUAAAGUUCCUUAGCCAGGUUCAACUAAUAGAACAAACUCAGAUAUUAGUUGAGAAUCAGUUAGUGAAAUAUGAAACAGUAGAGGUACAGAAGACCCUACCGGUUGCUAAGCUGACCAGCGAAACCUUUGAGCAAAAGUUCUUAGUUGGACCGAUUACGCCUACGGAAGAUCGCAUUAGCAAAGUAAUCAAAAUUGGCUACGAACUGAAUAUACUGGUGAAGCCGAAACUAUCGACACAAAGAAUAGAAAUGGUUAUUCCGAUUUUCAUAGGAUCUGCGGGAAUGAAAACCGAGGAAGCGAUAUCGUUUGUCAGGUCGACCGGCAUUGAUAAACUUACUGCGGAUUUGAAUAGAGAUCAACCGACAGCACCUCCGCCUCCGUAUAUUGAGAAUCGUGAAAGUUUGUACCCGAUAAGCUCGUUGCAACGGGCUUACGAGGGAGAUGAAAUUGAUGGUAAAUAAGGAUAAGGUACUAAAGACACUUUCGAAUUAAACAUGCUGAUUAGAGAUUAGGACAGCCGUUUACUUAUUAGACUUGAAAGGUUUUCUUUUUUUCAACGAAACCAGAAACCAAAAAUUCAGAAGACCAAGUUAAAAAUACUUAACAGUGAAGAUCUACAACAAUUUUGAACUCGU